CUGUGUUUCUCCUGUCGGACUAUAAGGUUCUCCUUCUUCACCCGGUCCUACACCUGCCAGUUCUGCAAAAGGCCUGUGUGCUCGCAGUGCUGUAAAAAGAAGAGACUUCCAUCUAAGCCGUAUGCCAACCUGUCCAUCUCCUCUCUGGGAUCUACUACCACCAUCCUACCCAGGGAGGAGGCAGAAGGGGCAUCAGCCUCGGACACCCCAGAGAAGCCCUCGUCCAGCCAGCGCCACAGCCUGCGGCGGACUGUCUCCGGGUUAUCCAAACGCAAAAUUGAGGGGUCUCGUGACGAGCUGGAUCUUCCCAAGGAGCUGACAGAGGAUUGGUGUACCAUGGAGGUCUGCAUCGACUGUAAGAUGUUCAUCUCUGAGAUCAUCUCCAGCAGCAAGCGCUCUCUGGCCACCAAGCGAGCCCGUCUGAAGAGGAAGACCCAGUCCUUCUACUUGUCUUCAGCUAACACAGACGACUACAGACUCUCUGAGAGGACUGUCAAUGAGGUUUAGACUACAGACCCUCUGAAAGGACCGUCAAUGAGGUUUAGACUACAGACUCUCUGAGAGGACUGUCAAUGAGGUUUAGACUACAGACCCUCUGAGAGGACCGUCAAUGAGGUUUAGACUACAGACUCUCUGAGAGGACUGUCAAUGAGGUUUAGACUACAGACCCUCUUGAGAGGACCGUCAACAAGGUUUAGACUACAGACCCUCUUGAGAGGACCGUCAAUGAGGUUUAGACUACAGACCCUCUGAGAGGACCGUCAAUGAGGUUUAGACUACAGACUCUCUGAGAGGACUGUCAAUGAGGUUUAGACUACAGACCCUCUGAGAGGACCGUCAAUGAGGUUUAGACUACAGACCCUCUUGAGAGGACUGUCAAUGAGGUUUAGACUACAGACCCUCUGAGAGGACCGUCAAUGAGGUUUAGACUACAGACCCUCUUGAGAGGACCGUCAACAAGGUUUAGACUACAGACCCUCUUGAGAGGACCGUCAAUGAGGUUUAGACUACAGACCCUCUUGAGAGGACUGUCAAUGAGGUUUAGACUACAGACCCUCUUGAGAGGACCGUCAACAAGGUUUAGACUACAGACCCUCUUGAGAGGACCGUCAAUGAGGUUUAGACUACAGACCCUCUUGAGAGGACUGUCAAUGAGGUUUAGACUACAGACCCUCUGAGAGGACCGUCAAUGAGGUUUAGACUACAGACCCUCUUGAGAGGACCGUCAAUGAGGUUUAGACUACAGACCCUCUUGAGAGGACUGUCAAUGAGGUUUAGACUACAGACCCUCUUGAGAGGACCGUCAAUGAGGUUUAGACUACAGACCCUCUUGAGAGGACCGUCAACAAGGUUUAGACUACAGACCCUCUGAGAGGACUGUCAAUGAGGUUUAGACUACAGACCCUCUGAGAGGACCGUCAAUGAGGUUUAGACUACAGACCCUCUUGAGAGGACUGUCAAUGAGGUUUAGACUACAGACCCUCUGAGAGGACCGUCAAUGAGGUUUAGACUACAGACCCUCUUGAGAGGACCGUCAACAAGGUUUAGACUACAGACCCUCUUGAGAGGACCGUCAAUGAGGUUUAGACUACAGACCCUCUUGAGAGGACCGUCAAUGAGGUUUAGACUACAGACCCUCUUGAGAGGACUGUCAAUGAGGUUUAGACUACAGACCCUCUGAGAGGACCGUCAAUGAGGUUUAGACUACAGACCCUCUUGAGAGGACCGUCAACAAGGUUUAGACUACAGACCCUCUUGAGAGGACCGUCAAUGAGGUUUAGACUACAGACCCUCUUGAGAGGACUGUCAAUGAGGUUUAGACUACAGACCCUCUGAGAGGACCGUCAAUGAGGUUUAGACUACAGACCCUCUGAGAGGACUGUCAAUGAGGUUUAGACUACAGACCCUCUUGAGAGGACUGUCAAUGAGGUUUAGACUACAGACCCUCUGAAAGGACUGUCAAUGAGGUUUAGACUACAGACCCUCUUGAGAGGACCGUCAAUGAGGUUUAGACUACAGACCCUCUGAGAGGACUGUCAACGAAUAAAGUAUCUACCACAGUAUAGAUGAGCUAGUAGAAUAUUUAACCAUUUCUUAUUCGCUCACGUUAUGUGAUUAACCCUAAUAUACUGAACAAAUAUAUAAACGCAACAUGCAACACUUUCAAAGAGUUUACUGAGUUAUAGUUCAUAAAAAAGUUCAGGAAAUCAGUCAAUUGAAAUAAAUAAAUUAGGCUAACAUCUCAACAUAGCUGCUGAGAUCACUGAGGUGGUCGGUCGGUCGGUGAGACUUCUAGUCCCCGUCCAGAGAUAAUAUAUAUAUAUUUAACAGUAGUGUGGUCGGUCGGUGAGACCUCUAGUCCCCGUCCAGAGAUAAUAUAUAUAUAUUUAACAGUAGUGUGGUCGGUCGGUGAGACCUCUAGUCCCCGUCCAGAGAUAAUAUAUAUAUAUUUAACAGUAGUGUGGUCGGUCGGUGAGACCUCUAGUCCCCGUCCAGAGAUAAUAUAUAUAUAUUUAACAGUAGUGUGGUCGGUCGGUGAGACCUCUAGUCCCCGUCCAGAGAUAAUAUAUAUAUAUUUAACAGUAGUGUGGUCGGUCGGUGAGACCUCUAGUCCCCGUCCAGAGAUAAUAUAUAUAUAUUUAACAGUAGUGUGGUCGGUCGGUGAGACCUCUAGUCCCCGUCCAGAGAUAAUAUAUAUAUAUUUAACAGUAGUGUGGUCGGUCGGUGAGACCUCUAGUCCCCGUCCAGAGAUAAUAUAUAUAUUCUUAACAGUAGUGUGGUCGGUCGGUGAGACCUCUAGUCCCCGUUCAGAGACAAGACGUUAAUUAACAAGCCUCUGUCAGACUCAGGAAGUACAGACCCUUCGUCUGCGUCUCUGAUGGCACCCUAUUCCCUACAUAGUGCACCCUAUUCCCUACAUAGUGCACCCUAUUCCCUACAUAGUGCACUACCAUUUGGGACACUGCCCUAGUCUAACAGGCAAUGCACUAUAGAGCCAUCAGUCAGGUCUUAGCAGGCUAGUUUCCAUAGGCAUGACCACUCUAGGCAUUUUAAUUCUAUGGUAGUCUCCCACGCCCCAGCCAAUAAAAUUAAACCAAAUGACAUGCCCAUGGUAGUAUCUGCCACGCCACAGCCAAUAAAAUUAAACCAAAUGACAUGCCCAUGGUAGUAUCUCCCACGCCCCAGCCAAUAAAAUUAAACCAAAUGACAUGCCCAUGGUAGUAUCUGCCACGCCACAGCCAAUAAAAUGAAACCAAAUGACAUGCCCAUGGUUGUAUGCCACGCCACAGCCAAUAAAAUUAAACCAAAUGUUACGCUACUCCAAAUUUUUUGCCAGGUCUUGUCUUCUAAAAUUGGAUUGGCUGGGAAACGGGGUAAGGUCAGAGGUCAAAUGAUUUGGUGUGUUUUAGCCACUUGUUUACUAUGAUGUAUUUGGAUCAUUUCUGUGCCUGGUGCCAAACUAAAUGCCCCUCCUGUCUGAAUGCCAUGUCAUUCUAUGGACCUGUAGUAUAUUGGCAAUAACUUGAUGAGGAAUUGAUAUGGGGAUUCUAGAAGCAGAAUUAUUAUUAUUUGUUUCUUGUUUCCUAGCUGACCAAUAGGAUUUCAGAAUGGUGUGAUGUGUACAUGCUGUAUCUAAAACCAUCCACAAUCUAUUAUAUUCUAGUAUAUAUAACAAUGUUUUUCCAGGAAUAUUAUCUUUAAAGAUUUGUAUUUCUUUUGUAUGUAAUAUUAACUUUAUCUCCUGUCGGGGUCAGAACAGAUCACAUAGAUAGUCCUUCUAGAACGGUCAGGUCUGGAUAGCACUUUUACUGUACCAAUGUAUUGUUGUUGUGAAGUUCCUUCUCUUUAUUCAUUUAAUUUAAAUUCUUAAAUCUUUUGUUUGUUCCACGUCGUGAAGUUAGUGUGGUGUGAUCCUAGAGUUAAUCGUUUGUGUUAGAGCUUGGGGUUUGGAAGCAGGUGUCAGCGAAGCACAUCUUUCUGAAUGUACAGGGUAUAAUGUUUUUAAAAUAUCGUAUUUCAAGUGCAAUCUAAAUCUAUAUACAAAGAAUUUUAAUGCCCUUUAAAAUAAUUAUUUAUUCACGCACACUAUCCAUACAUGGUCUGCCUAGAGACAGCACAUGGGCGCGUUGUCAUGCAUACACAUAAAUCCUACAGACACACACCCAAUCUGCAAUUUUCUAAUUAAUUUAUUUUCUGACCCCUUGUACCAACUGCGGUAGAAAGAUCAGAAUUAUAACAAGUUUGACAUGACUACCGUCAAUAUCAACCUCCCAUUAAAUGUUCAUUUGGACACAGUGAGGAAGGAAUGGGGUGCAUGCUAUAAUUUCUUUUAUUUUUAUGACAAUAAAAUUCUCUUUUGAAUUCUG